AAGGACAAUAUGGACAAUAUCAUAUUUUCUUUUACAAUGGCGGAAUUUCCACUUUUCUCUCAGCAAAUGAAACAUUACAUGUCAUAGGAUUGAAAUGACAAUGGUGCAGUGGUACAACCUGUCACGAUUAGAAGUAAAUAAAUUAGGACAAUUUAUAUGGAUAAGAUGGAAGUCAUUACUUGUACGGCUCCUGUAAAUUUAGCUGUCAUUAAAUACUGGGGAAAGCGAGAUGAAGAACUUAUUCUUCCUGUCAAUUCAUCCCUUAGUGCAACGUUAUCUCAAGAAGAGCUCUGUGUAACAACAAGUGUGGCAAUAAGCUCAAAAUUUUCCACAGAUAGGAUUUGGCUGAAUGGAAGAGAAAAUUUCAUCAAAGAUUAUCCGAGGCUGCAGAAUGUAUUGAAAAUAGUUCGUGAAGAAUACAAGAAAACUGGAAAGACAGAAUUGAUGAACUCAAAAGUGCACAUAUGCUCGGUCAAUAAUUUUCCAACUGCUGCUGGACUUGCUUCAUCAGCUGCUGGCUUUGCUUGUCUUGCAUUUGCGCUAACAAAGUUGUUCAAGAUAGAGUGUGAUGUUUCUGUCAUUGCAAGACAAGGUUCUGGAAGUGCAUGCCGCAGUAUCUAUGGCGGAUUUGUUGCUUGGGAGAAAGGUGAAAAGUCAGAUGGAACAGAUAGCAUUGCUGUUCAGGUUGCUCCAGAAAAUCAUUGGACAGAAAUGCACAUUCUUGUUCUUGUUGUGAGUGAAGAGAAAAAGGAAACCAGUAGCACUUCAGGCAUGCGAAGAAGUGUUGAGACAAGUGAACUUUUAAAGCUAAGAGCAGAGCAUGUUGUACCUCAAAGAAUGUAUGAAAUGAAGCAAGCCAUUUUGAAUAAAGAUUUUGAAAAGUUUGCUGAUCUUACAAUGAAGGAUAGCAAUCAAUUUCAUGCUAUUUGCUUGGAUACAUUUCCACCCAUAAUACCUCCUUAUAUGAACAGCAUUUCUCACAGUAUUAUACAACUUAUCUCCAAGUACAAUGAACUAUGUGGAACAAAGGUUGCUUAUAGUUUUGAUGCUGGCCCAAGUGCCGUUCUUUUUCUUCGUGAAAAAGACGUUCCUGAAUGCUUAAGCUUGAUUAAAACUUUUUUUCCUCCAACGCAGGAACAAGGGGAAAGUUUUCUUCGAGGACUUUAUGUUAAUCUUAGCCCGGAUAGUGACACGUUUCACGGCAUCAAAGAAAAAAUUGCACUGCCUUUAACUCCUGGUGGAAUCAAGUACAUUAUUCAUACUCAGGUUGGAGAUGGACCAAGAAUAGUUAAAAAUCAAGAAUGUUGUCUUUUGAAUGCAGAAGGAUUGCCAAAAAAAUCUUCAGAUAACUGAUACUUUGGAGUUUGGACUUUGGAGUUUGACGUGAGCUAGAGCCUGGUAACGAAAUUAUUUUUGGCGGGAAAUAACAUAGACUUUAAAAUAUUACGUUCAAAAGAAAGGAAAACACUUUUUCAAAGAACUAAAACAACGAUAUUUAACAGUUUUUGUGUUUUGUAUUUCACACAUUCGUGUUUUUUGUAAAAUACUUGUGAAAUGAGCUUGGAAA